GGCGACGGUGACGGCAGGCGUGGUUGUAGAGAACAAAGAAGAUAACCCGGAAGUGAGUGGUGUCACUAUUCCGCACUGUCAAGAUCACAUUUAGCAUCACAUCAUCCGACUCGUUUCUUCAAGGUGACACGUCAGCUCACAUAGGAUGACGGACAUUUGGCAGAGCGCCAUGGACCACGCCGUCGUCUUGGCACGAAAAGCCGGACAGGUGGUGCGUGACGCAGUGGGUGACGCGCAGAAGGAGGCGGUGAUGGUAAAGAGUUCGUCCAUCGACUUGGUGACGCAGACGGACCAGAAAGUCGAGAAGCUCAUCAUCCAGUCGGUCAAAGAAAAAUUCCCAACACACUGCUUCAUCGGGGAGGAAUCGGUGGCCGCAGGAGAAGUUUGCGUCCUGACCGACAGUCCCACGUGGAUCAUCGACCCGAUCGACGGGACCACCAACUUUGUUCACACAUUCCCUUUCGUCGCCAUUUCCAUCGGAUUUUCGGUCAACAAGCAGGUGGAGUUUGGCGUCGUGUAUAGUUGCCUGCAAGAUCAGAUGUACACGGCACGGCGGGGGAAGGGCGCCUUCUGCAAUGGCCGUCCGCUACGGGUUUCUCAUCAGAAAGAUAUCCGGCAGGCCAUCAUCGCCACCGAGUUCGGCUCCAACCGAGACCCCGGAGUGGUGGACAAGGUCUUCUCCAGCCUCAAAAGGGUCGUCAGCAUUCCCGUCCACGGGGUGCGCGGCGCUGGGAGCGCCGCCAUUAACAUGUGCCUGGUGGCGUCCGGCUGCGUGGAGGCCUACUACGAAAUCGGCAUCCACGUGUGGGACAUCGCCGCCGGCUCGCUCAUUGUUUCCGAAGCCGGCGGAGUCCUGAUGGACGUCGACGGAGGCCCACUGGAUUUGAUGUCCCGCCGCGUUUUGGCCGCCAACAAUCAGAGCGUCGCCGAGCAUCUCGCCAAAGAAAUCGACGCCUUCCGUGUGCGCCGGGAUGAUGCCGCAUCAUGACCUCGACAUUUGUCAUCAAUAAGCAACAAAGGUCACGUGUCACUGUUGGGAUGUCCACGUUCAAUCUUAUAUUUUUUUUCCACAAGUUGAUACUAUUAGUGUGUGUGUGUGUGUUUUAAACACAAGUGAUUGGCUCAUGGCAAUUGUUUCUGUGACGUCGACGCAACAUUGACGGCUCAAGCGACAUUCCGCCGUUUCCCAAGGUGACGUUUAGUUUAUGGUGUCGCGAGAAUUCCGCCCAACAUGAACAACGAUUACACCGAUCAUGAGAAAUGCGCGAAAUGGGCCACCCGAGCAAAAGAGUAGUUACACUUGACGGAAAAAUAACCUGAUGAAUGUUUAUGUAUUGAUUUCACAAAUACACAGAAAAAUGGUUGACUCCUGA